CGGGAAAAUUAGAUAAAAACCCUAAGAGAGAGAACGCGAAAGAGGGAAGGAGAUGAGUCAUCAUCACCACCACCACCACCACCAAGCCGUCGAUAAUCUUAUCAAUGUAUUCGCGAGAGCCUCUCGUGAUCUCGAUGCUGUCCAUUUCAAGCUCGACAAGGAGUUCCAGCAGACUUACCCAGAAAACGCGAAUCCGAUGAAGCUGAUUCAGAGAAUCAAGAAGCUGCAGGAAGAUGUGACUUUCCUCAAAGACCAAUGCCUUGAGCUUUUGUCUGCUAAACAGGAUUUGAUUGACAAGGCGCAGACAACACUUGUUGGUAACUACAACCUUAUUCAGAAAAUAAAUGCGGCCUUGGGAGAAUCAGCAAAUGGCGAUGCGUUGGCUGAUUUUAACCAGAUAAUUGAGGAGUGGACAAUGCAAGUUAGGUCAAGAACAGUGGGAGAAACAGAGGAGCCAGAUAAAGAAGACAUUAAUAAGUUGCUUUUCUCAGCUAUUGUUCAUAACAAUUGAGGAUGUUCAUGGUUAUGUUCAGAGUUGCACGGCUUCUGCAGAUUAUGUAAACUGUGCUUUGGAUUGUGUGCCUAAUAUCACUAUAUCAUUUUACAAUUUAACAUUACAUGAACUAUCCCGUUGUGCUUUAAAAUUUGGUAUUCAUUUUGGUCGUUUCGUUUAGGUAGA